AUGGAUAGAGAUGAGCACAAUCUACCACAAUCCUCUCGUACCGAAAAUUCUCAACAACUAGGAGUUGAUACAAACACAGAAUGGUUGAUGGAUGGUCAGCCAUCACCAAGACGUGUUGUUACAGCCCCUACUAGUCCAUCUACAGCAUAUACAACAGAUAGAGAAGCUGUUUUCCGAUCGGGCAGCGCUACAGUCGCUGAAACACAUUUAAUUCGAUCAUCAGGAUCGCAAUCACAGUCAUUUACCGAAGAGCAUUGGAGUAGUGAGAUUACAAGCUUUAUUGCUGCUGCUCCACCUAAAUUCAUUCAAGUUAUUAAAGCGUACAGAGUGCUAUCUUCAGACACACCAACACUUGUCGUAGAAGUUGCUUCAGAUCCUCCAGCCAUUUUCGAAUGGUUCUGCAAUGACAAGCCAGUUCAACAGGACAGAAGAAAGUUCCAAGUUCGUCAUGGCUUGAAUAUAACAACAUUAACAGUCACGCAACCUGAUCAAGGAGUUUACAAAUGUACAGCCAGAAAUCCAGCUGGAUGCAGCACCAGUUAUGGAUAUAUCACUGUAAACUUUGAACACCGAUACGAAGACUGGAGUGUUUCAUCUGAUCAAACAGAAGUUAAAAAGGAAAGAAGCAGCUCAAUAACUCACAACUUGGCACCAAGAUUCAUCAACCAAGUUCCCAACUUGACAGUACCACCAGGACAAGAAGCCGUAAUUGACGUCGUUUGUGAUGCUAACCCUCCGGCCAGAUUUGCUUGGUUUGUCAAUGGCAAGGAAUUCAAAGAGAAUACCAAUGUGGUGGACAUAUUCUAUCCAGAAGAAAACCGAUGCGUCGCUCGUUUCCAUAUCCCAACUUCUGGCGAGUAUAAAGUUGUAGCAUCGAACGUUCAUGGUACAGCCAUGAGUUCUGGCUUUAUCGAAAUUUAUCAAGCUAAUCCUACCAAACAAAUGCGUCCACCUCUUGCUCCAGGUGAGCAAUUAGCUCGAACUGUUAUGACAUCGAGCCAACAAGCAGGACAAACCACAACAGGAGAACACACAACUUCCACACAUCAGUCUACAAGUGUGUACGAAGUUAACUAUACCCAGAGAUCCAGCAGUGUCCCAAGAGGUGUUAGACAUCUCGAGCGCCACUUUGAGAUAUCGAAAUCCCCCGAGAGAACUUUGUCGAAUCUACAUAGAUCAGACGCAUCUACAGCAACGACUCAACGGAUUCCUCGAUCAAUGCACAAGACCAGGAGCGAAGGAGGAAAAUAUCUUCCUCAUCCACCAAAAUUCCUUACUAAACUUCCUGAAACCAUCACAGUUCGUCCAGAUGAGAAGCUUGUCCUUUCCGUCGAUGUCAGUUCUAUCCCAACAGCCGACUUCAAAUGGGAUGUGAAUGGCUUCGAGGUGAAACAAUCGAAAAACGUCACUCUCCUGAACGAACAGAAUCGUUCAACUCUAGUUGUCAAUCCUCCUGUCAAACAAGGAAAGUAUAACGUCAUCGCCACAAACGAUGUUGGUCGUGAUGCUUUACUUACUCGAGUAACUCACAUUGUCACGGAAACUGUAGAAGAAAUUCAUUCCGAUAUUCGCAUUUCAACGCCAUCUCCACUUCCUGUUGGUCCAGAAGUAGUAGAGUCAGCCGUGACAGUCACUAGUGCUCCUGAGAGCGAUUGGGAACUGAUAGAUGAUAACCAUUCUAACAAUUCUACAACGUCUUUCGAAACAGUACUGAAAAGACAAGAAAUUAUAGCAGUUAAAACCGAAGAAACCUUGAUCACAACAGAAGAAGACGUUGUUGUGGACAAAUCAUUGGAGCAAGCAGAGCAGCCUAUAGUAGAUCAAACUUCUGUGAACACAUCGUACACCAAACGGGUAAUUAGGACUGGCCGCCCUGAUGCUGUUCCAAGAAAACCAACAUUGUCUAAGCCUACAAUCCAGAAAAUCCAUGUGAAUCGAGGCGAAAAACUCAUACUCGAAUCUAAAGUUGACUCUGAUCCUUCGUCCAAAUUCGAAUGGUAUGUGAACAACUUUGAAGUGAAGAGUGGUCAAUUCAUCAUUAUUGAAAAUGUAGAUGAGAACCAUAGCCGAGCAACAUUCCUCAAACCUAUAGCUGGUAACUAUAAAGUAAUUGCUCGAAACGAAUUUGGACAACUUGAAUCUGUGACGAAAGUCACUACUGAAGUUGUCGAAGAGGAAUUUAUGGAGAAAAGUACAGUCACGACUACCAUUACUAAACAUCCAGAGCAACCUUCGAAUAUGUACAAACUUGUACGCAAACCUCAACAUGAAAAAGCAGGAUUGCCAAAAGCACCGGCUUUCUUACAGCAACUCCCUGCCAUUCUGAGGAUCAACGAUGGAGAAGAUCUUCGGUUGAAGGGUGUUGUCUCUGCUAUCCCUCCUGCUAGUUUCUUGUGGAGGCUUAAUAAUUUCGAAAUAAAAACUGGACCAAACACUCAAAUUCUGUUGGAGCAAGAAAACUCAACUGAGUUGUUCCUAAAGCAUGCAGGACCUGGAAGAUACGAGAUAAUGGCAACGAAUCAAUUAGGACAAGCAAGCUCACAAUGCAAAGUUAUUGUGGAGUAUGAAGAUGUCCAUCAACAGAAAGUGAAUAAUCCUCCAGUAUUCAUACAAGCUUUGCCAACAGAGACUAUCGUUGCAAGUGACGAGACUCGUGUUGUCGUAACCGUUUCCGGUGUUCCUCCUAUCAACUUCAAAUGGUUAGUGGAUGGAAUACCAAUUGAAAACGAUAAUCGAAUUACCUCUGUGAUCGAAGGCAAUCGAGCUAUACUUAUUUUGAAGAAGCCAUUAGAGAAUAACUCGCUAAUUGAAGUGAUAGCGAGCAAUUCGUUUGGAGAAACGACAGCCCAAACGAAAACGAUUACACAAGAUCGCCAACCUGAACAAACGUUGAAGCCAGUCGAGGAUAGAGCUCCAGUGUUCGCCAAAGAAUUGGUGGACAUGGAAUUACUUGAGAACUGUCCACUUGUGUGCGGAGUUGGUGUGGAAAAAAUCUCGGAUGCUUGCACUUUUUACUGGACACUCGACAACCAGCCAAUCGAUCCUUCUACGGGCUAUGUCGUAGAUUCUACAACACAUGAGAGCAUUUUGACGAUUGAACGCAUACCUGUGACGGUAUCUGGUGCUCUUUCGGCAGUUGCUCAGAAUGAAUUCGGAACUGCCGUAACAACAGCAGAACUUAGCGUGCAGAAAACUGAAGAACCAUUUGAGAUGGUUGCUCCAGAUAUUCCAGAAGAAUGCGCACCGAAAAUCUUGGAGCCCCUUCAUUCAGCUUCAUUCAUGGAUGGACAACCUAUGGUUUUGAGAUGCAAGAUUCACGCUUCUCCUUCUGCAAUCAUUGUCUGGUCCAAAGACGAUGUCAAUGUGGAGGAGUGGGUUAUAAACAAGGAUGUCUUUACACAGAUAUUACCUGGAGGUAUAUGUGAGUUGGUUAACCCUGAGUGUUAUGAAGAGGAUAGUGGCGUCUACAAGUGUCACGCUUCCAAUCCUCAUGGGACUGCUGAAACCUCGGCUUAUAUUGCAGUUGAAGGUGCCACAUACCAUAAGGACAGAGAAGAAGCUUCAAUGAGCGAAUCUAUGUCAAGCGCGAUGGUUGAUGAAUUUGUGGCGGACGGAGAGAAAAUUAUCCUUCCACCCAAAUUUGUUGAGAGCUUGACAGCUGAGACAGAUGCUAUCCAAAACUUGAAUUAUAUCAGAAUAGUAGGAAAAGUUACAAGUGGUAGUAAUUACACCGUGACCUGGCUCAAGGAAGAAGCUCCACUCGCUGAAAGUGAAAAAUAUGAGAUUUACCAAUUCGAUGAUGGAUCUCAGAUACUUACUAUCCAUUCACCUGGGCAAGCGGAUGAAGGUGUCUAUACCUGCAAAGUGGAAUCGGAGCACGGACUCAGCAGCAGCAGCUGUGAAGUGCGCCUUCCAUCUGAGAUAGACAAACUUGAAGACCUGGAAAUGCCAUCAACGAGCCCAUCACCUGAAGAAACUCAAGCGGAUAUUGUUCUUGACGACACUGUACUUGUUGAAUUGACAAUACCUCAAGAGGUUCCAUCAUUGAAAGCUGAUGAUCGAAUUGAUAGAAUAACAGAAAUUACUAAAAACGAAGAAGAAUUCAAACUGCUUGUGAAAGUUGCUGAUACCGUGGCUAGUACUCUUGUCGCUAAUAUUAUCGUAAGCGCAGUACGCGAAGCUGCUCGCAUAAUUGCUGAUGAAUCUUCCGAGGAUGAGGAAGAUAAGUUAGCUGCAGAGCAGAAUAGUGCACCACGUUUCGAUACGUUGGUGGAAGAGUAUGUGGCUACGGAAGGAGGAGCUAUUCGCAUCAGUACAACAGUAGGAGGUUAUCCAACUCCAUUCGUUGAAUGGAAGUUCAAUGGACAAAAAAUCAAUAUCACAGAAAAACUCAGCAUGUCUUACGAGAAAGGCAUCGCAUCUCUGAACAUGAAAGAUUUGCAAUUAGAUUCGGGUGGAACUUACUAUUGUCAUGCUACGAACAUGCACGGAACGAAAAUUUUGGAAACCCGCUUGAAAGUAUUACCUAAAGCUUCUGAUAUGAACAUUAGAUUCUCAUUAGCUAACUACGAUAAGCAAGAAGCAAACGAGAAGGUGAUCACCAAUGUUUUCGCACAUAACACGGAGGACAAUACCGAACAGAACAUCAAAAUAUUAGAAAAGCGACGGGAUAGCCAAUCAGCUUUGAUCGUUGUUCCUACAAAAGAGAAGGAACAAGAUGAAUCCAUAAAAGCAGAUGAAUCCGCUGAUUCUUAUGAGACAGCCCGUCAGGAUGAAACUCAAUCACAAGCUCUUCCACUUGAUAUAGCAGCACAACAAGUUCAAGAGCAAUCUACUUCUUCGGUUCCUAUGGAUAGUAUAGAAUCUAAUGAGAACAAAGCCAUUGAAAUAGUCAUCGCUCCGCCGGAAAGCGGAUCUUUGGCUGUUCAGGAUGUAGGAAAACCACAGUUGCCAGAGGAGAUAGUGGCACAAGAAAUUGUGUCAAAUGUCAUUCAGGAGCUCAAUGAGGAUGUUUUGAAGAAAGCAGCAUCUCCACUCACCUCAAAUGAGAACGAAAUGAAAACAACUCCAACUGAGCAGCUUGUUGUAGAACAACCUGAUUCAAUCAUUGAAGAAGAGAAACCUGUAGAACAACCUGUAACAAAGGAGCAGAAGGUGGAGAGUUUUGAUGCAACGACGUUAGAGAUUGUAGAGAAGCCUGUCAACGUCAUAGACAAGGAUGUUCAAGCCGCAGCAGAGAAAUUCGCUCAAUCGUUCACCGAGAGUGUAAUGAAUCAAGCUGCGGUAGUACUCACAGCUCCGUCCCAAGAGGAAAAGAUUUCUACGGAAAUUUCAAAAUCCAUAAUUCAUCUUUCAAAGGAUGCUGAAGAGGAACGAAAGAGUGAGACUAUGCGAUAUGAUGAGAAGCUGAAAGUUAUAGAAAAUCGCCUCCGAUGUGCCUCUUCACCUGAUCUUACUGCUGAAGAAGCUGUGAAUAUGGUUAUGAACACAGUUCUUUCUUUAAAAGAACAACAUCAAGCUGAUACUUUGAUCACUGUAGAUGUUAGAAACCCCGAUACGGAAUUCAGUCAUGUUGUAACUGUAUACGAGCCCUUAGCUCUUCAAUUGAGCCAUCGUUUGAAUGCAACAACGAACGAGCUAAAAUUCAUCGACCUAGAAACGAUAUUACAAAAACCUGGUACAUCUUCAGAGACAACCCAUGUCGUCGAAACUCUAUCAUCGAAAAGAGCUUUGGCAGAACAUAGAAUAGUUGUCUUAGAAGGUGUUUCCAAAAACUUCCAAGAUGCUAUGACAUGGAGUUUACGCAAGGUCAAACGACUAGUUGACGAAGAAGAAAGUACAAACGCCAAUAUUGAAGUUGUACAACCCCAAGACGAAGCAACUCAAGGAACCACAGUGGUAAUUCCAGAACAAAUCAUUCCUGAUUUGCUGCAAGUCGCAGCAGCCGCUAGUAAACUGAAACUUGAAAAUGUGACAGUUAGCUUAGUAAAACAGGGAGAUGCAUCUCAUCAAGAGCUGAUUAUCGAAUACGAAAGUCAGUUAGAAGAUGAGGCAAACUUAGCUGUCUCCCAACUGAACAGAAGCCGACAAACUUCGGAAACGAGAGAAGAAAAGUGGUCAAGGCCCACUAGAUACUCUGAUGAGAACGAUCUGAAUGUUGUAGCAGUUUUUGUUGAAGUUGAUGCAACAUGUCCAGAUCAAAGCGUCGAAAUUGUGGCUAGUGUGAACAUGCCAUUAGACAGUAUUCCAGACGGAGACAGUCCAGGAAACCCACAAGUUGUUGAUGUACGAGAGCCGAGCGACAGUGCUACGGAAUCUUCAAGUACUGGCCUACAACCACCAAAGUUCUUCCGUAAAUUAGAAGACUGCAAGGCAGUUGUAGGAAACCCCGUACAGUUCAAGUGCAUUGUCUGCGGAACACCAACUCCUGAAAUUUUGUGGACUGUUGAUGGAGACGUCAUCGAAGCAAACCAAGAGUACACGAUAGUUUUCGAGGACGGUGUAUCGAUUCUUCGAAUCAACGAAGUGUUGUCGGAAGAUGAAGGAGAAUAUUGCUGUAUAGCUACAAACAAUGCUGGUUCAUCAACUACCAAAUGCUUUUUGAAAGUAUUCAAUGAACAGGAAGAUGCCAACAGCUGCGAGAUUUUCGCUAAUAGGUACCUUGAAAAUGAUAACGAUGCUCUUUUCGAGGAGGUGCAACAGAAGGCUGUGCCUAUAGAACAUCCAAAUACAACAGCUCCAUCAGCAUUUCUUCUCGAAACAGUUGAAAAGCCAGUUGCAGCUUUACGAACUACAGCUAAAUUCAACGAAGAUCUGAAGGAGAUGAGUUCUUUCUAUAAAUACCCAGAGUCUGGAGAAAUAGCAGUGAAGGUUACUGAACUAAUUCAGGAAAGCCAAGUGCAAGGUGACUUCCAAGUUCCACGAUCCAAAAUCCCACCUGUUCCACCUCCGAAGCCUAAGCUUCGUCGAGAUGACUCUAACUCUCUGAUAAGUACCAGUAGUACAAAUCUAUUCUUGCAGAACUCCAAUGAGAACUCAUUCUCAUCUAAUAUCAAUCUCUUAGAGAAGCACAUUACAGCAGAAUCUGCUAGCUUCCAUACAGCUGUAUCCAUGACUGAGAGUGCUCAGUUCAACAAAGAUUUUGAAGAUCCAUUCACAGACGAGCGAAUCAAGUUAGAAGAGUUAGGUACUUCUCCUCCUGAGAACCAACUGUAUGAACCUAGAACACCUUUACUGCCACAGAAGAUUCGUUACAAGGGACAAGAUAUUGGAGUCUUUGUGAACGAAAUAGAAUCGAAUGAUAACGAGAAUCAAAGCAAGAAAAUCUUAGAAACAUCCCUGGAGUUCAACACCUCUCUUCAUACGAAGAAAGUGGUUUUACCACAUGAUGAGCAUACCAAUGUUUCUUUAAACGGACCAGCUGAAGCCAAAAUUGCUGAGAUCAAGAUUGCUGAGGCCAAGAUUGCUGAGGCCAAGAUUGCUGAGGCCAAGAUUGCUGAGGCCGAAGUUGAAGAGCCCAAAAUUGAAGAGCCCAAAGAAUCAUUGAAGGAUAAGAACCUAAUGAGUAGAUCAGAAUCUAAAUCAGAAAGUUCAGGCUCUGGUACUAGUAGUCAACGUAAGCCUCAUGUGCCUGGUGGAGGUAGAUCGGAAAAAGAAAAAACAGAUACUAUGACCAACGAACAGAAACAGAACUAUAAGGACAAAAUGAGAGAAAUUGAGAAGAUUGCUAGACAAGUUGAGCAACAACUCAGUGAGCUGAACGUACGCCCACGAGUUUCCAAUAGUAGCGAACUGAGUGACGAUGCGAAAGAAAUCGAAGAAGCCAUCCUCAGAAUGUCUGAGCAACUUGUAUAUCACAGUCCCAUCACAGAAGCUCAAGCUGAAGCAAGUGAAGAACUGAUGCGAACAACGUUAGCUGAUAUGAUUUUAAAUCCAAAUCAGCACCGAUCAGAAGAAGCGGAAUUGAUGAAAACACCCAUAAGAAUUCUGAAGAGAAAAAUCUCUGACAUAGAAAACUCAUUGAUGGAGGAUGUGGAGCUUUGUGGAAUAAAUGAAACAACUGAAAUCACAACAACUUCGCCAAGUGGAACAGCUACGACAGUUGUAAAGGUACCUAUUAAAACCAAAAGAGUGCCAAGUGCAGAGCUGAUCAGAAUGACACCACUGACCACAGAUAUUCGAGAACAACUCACAACUCUGGAAGAUAUGAUAAACGAGCACAUAAACAGCGAGUCCACUUCAUCUGUUAUCCCUGUUGAUCCAACGAAAACGCCAGCUGAAGUGAGACAAGAACUUCAUGACAUUUUUGUUCAGAUCAAUAACGAAAUUUCGGUUAUCCGUGGCUACUGUAAGAAGAAGCUAACCAAGAAGGGCGCUGAUGCCGUCAUGCAGGUACUGGAGAAAGUGAAAAUCCAUGUCACGAGCAUAGUCAACAUUAUGGCUUUGUCCAAACGGAGAUGUAAGAAGAUGGAGAAGAAAAUGGAAAAAAGACUUGAAGCGGCAGCCCCACCCGAAACCGGAAAAACGACAACCGUAAAAGCUGGCUCUAAAGCAGUUCCAGUAGUCGAAGUGACACUACCAAAAGAACCUGCAAGUACCAAUAUUCAGUUUAUGUUCACCAAGCCUGACAACACUGAAUCGAUUGAAGGUAUACUGAUCUUCAAACAAAGUUCAAUGGAUCGGUCAAGCAACAUUCAAACAUCUGCUGCUGGUGAUGUUGGUACGAAAUCUAAAAUCAGUACUCCAUCAGUAGGCAAAAUAGAAGAAGAAAUUGUAGAAACUCCAGUAGCACCACCGCGAAGGAAAAGAGAUACGUCUAGAACACCGAGAAAAGAGGAACAACCUGUUGAACGGAAAGCGCUGGAAGAAGCCAAGAAAAUAUCAGAAGCUUCUCUGGAUGAUCUUCACUCUCAUGUAUCUCUACGAUCUAUGACACUGCCCAAUUACGGACGCACGAAACAGAAAACUCGUGAUCCUGUCGCUCCUCCGAGACGGAGAAAAGAUCAUUCCCAUGAUGUGAACUUGGAGAAAUCAAACGAUGAGCCAAGACUCAUGACGCAUAGACAUACUUCACUGGAUAGCCGUGAUAUGGAUCGCGAGCUCUCAGGAAUGUCUUCGUCACAGAAGGUUUCGACAACAAAAGCAUUCAAACAAUUUACUAAUGCUCUGGGCAAGCUCAAGAACUUUAACUUCCCUAACCCGCUCAAAAAGAAAAACAAAAAUAGAGAAUUAGAUCGUGAACUUCUUAUCCCAUCUUCUGAUUUCACACAAGAACAAAAAGAUUCAUCGGAGCCACUAACUACAGACGAUCAAUCACAAGACUCUCCGCUUGAUGAUAAUCAAGAACUAAGAGGUGAAUUCACGUUCAAUGCUGCAAAUACUUCAACUAGAAUUCAUCCUUUAGAACGCCCAUCGGACCCUCUAGUUUAUGAACUAGAACAUCAAUCAGAAGCAUCCAACUUGAACAGAGCUUCGCCCCAUGAAGAGGUUAUAUAUCAUGAUGUAUUCUUAGAAAAACCCGAAGAAUCUGAUUUGGCUAUACAGUUAUAUACAGGCGGAUAUUCUGACCUUUCGCAAUUCGAAACGCCAAUUUUAGAAAGAGGAGGAACGCCAGAAUACUCUGAUCUAGAAGAUGAAGAAAACGAUAGAACGGAAGCUGAGCUCCUUGAACAACUGAGAUCAAUGAGCGGAGAUCCACCAGUUGAAGACAUGAACACAGCUAACAUCGAUUGCUCAGCUUAUAUAGUGAAAAGUCAACAUGACGAAGCUCAUCAACUGGAUGAUCAACCAGUACUUCAAUCUUGUGUUGAUCCUGAGACUCAGCUGGAAAUUCCACCUGAUGUUCAGUCGAAGGUGUCUAAAGAAGAGUUUAUGGAAAACCCACAAACACAGAAGACAUGGAGCGAAGAUCAAACUCAAGUACAUAUAUCGAUGGCAUCCAUGGAAUAUGGAAAUGCUUGCACUACGGAAAUGUCCACCGAGUCAGAGAUGCCCAUGUGUCAUCACAUGAACGUUGACUGUUACAUUCCAGCAGAUGACACGAACUCUGUUCAAAUGCUGUGUGAGGAAUCAGAUUAUGCGACAGACACGGAUACAUCAUGCAUGCUCAAAGGAACCAUACAGUUUUUCAACAGAUACUCUACGUCUUCAGAUUUCCGAUUCCCAUCAAAUAUGAGCUUGAACUCACUUAAACCAUUAAAAGAAAACUUAGCUGAACUUGAACAGAAGACCGAAGACAUCGAAGUGAACAUUGAGCUGAGGUCCGUAGAUCCUGAUGAAAUGGCAAUGGACUGUAACCAAUCAGAGGCUCAGUUCUCGGUAAACGAUUACGUUCUGGAAGAAUCUGAUUUAGACUCGAGAUCAGAGGACCGCUUACCUCCUCCUCCAACUAAAGUCGGAUCAAACCUCUCUACUAUAAUGGAGAGAAGUAUAGAAGACAGCACCAAGACGAGAAGUGAAGAAGCUGAUUUGAACCCAACAGAACCCAUUUCCGAAGAGACUAUUCAUUUUGUGGUAGAUGAAGCUCAAUUAAGUCAAAUGGCAUCCUCUCUGAAAACAGAGGAUUACGAUCGCCCUCUUAGUUCUGCGAAUACCAUGAGAGAAACAGAUAUUUUAAGCGACGAAUCAAUCGUCACUGAAAUUGAACAAGCCAUAAUUGAUUACGUAGAAAACGAUUUUGAGUUUUCUCAAAUACCAGCUAAACGAGGUCUUAUAGCAACAGUUUCUCAAGAUGUGAGGCAGCGGAUAUCAGCGAAUGUUGCUGCAGACAAUUCAUUUGAUAUUGAGAUAACGCAAGAGCCUGAAAUCAUGGGACUGACCAUCAAAGUCAUUGAAGAUCAGAUUGACUUUACCUCAUUGACUAUUCUGGCCAAUUUCGAGAAUACUGACUGCUCAGAACAUUUGGCCAUAAUGAAAGAAUUUGAAGAUUUUACUGAAACUAGUUCGUUCGACGAGUACGAAGGAGAAGACAGUAAAACUGGUAUUACCGUUUCAAUCAUUGCGAGAAGCUUACAUGAUGGAAUUUAUGCCUCCCUAGAGGAAAUUCCGUGGGGUGAAGCACAAAUAACUCUGAAAGAAUUUGAAAUGACCCGUAGUUGCGACAACUCCUUACAUUUCAAUGUGACCGUCUCUGAAGCCACUGCUGAUGAGAAGAAGUCUUUAAGAUCCCAGGCAUCAUUCAAAGAAUCACAAAACUCCAUUUCUGAAAUAGAGAAUACGCUUAGUUCCGGAAGUAUCAAUAUACCUAGCUAUGUGAUCAAGCUCGGAUCAACAGCUACAAUAACCUGCGAGUUGAAUAAUUAUCUUCCGCCUAAUAGCAUUAUCGACUGGUACAAAGGAAAGGAGCCUUUGCGAAGAACUGCUGGCAAGUUUGAUCGCAUCAGUCAUGAUCUCCUGGAAGUUCUCAUAAUCAACGUCGUUGAAAUGGAUGACAACGAUUUAUACAGUUUGAAAGUCAACAAUGAUAUCUUCCCUGUUGCGUUCCUCGUUAUUGAAGAUCCUGAGGCAUUAUCAGUAUUUCUAACGCCUCCACAGACACAAUUCGUAAUGGAUGGUCAGCCGACCGAACUGGCUGUACAAGUAUCAGAAAGCAGCGACUGCCAGCAGAUAACAUGGCUGAGGGAUAGAAAACCAUUGAAAGUUAAUAAAUCUGGAAGAAGUAUAGUGUGUUCUCCAGAUGGCUGGAAUCGCUUACUUCUCGAAAAGACAUCACUAGCUGAUCAAGGUACCUAUUAUGCGGUGUUAGGAGAGCAACACGUCACUAUAACUCUAGUUGUUGAAGAACGUAUUGACGAAAAAGAGUUGACAGUAAUGGCAUCUGGAACAGAAAGUGAGGAUGAUGACGUUCAAGAAUACCUUGUGCCUCCGGGAAGUACAGCAACUAUAGCUUGUGAAUUAGAAGAAAACGAUUGUGAACGAGAAUUACUAUGGCUUAAAGAUGGCCACCCGAUUAGUUUCGAGAAUAUAUCGAAAUCUGAGCAUGUGAUUAAUGGCUUAAAACACUACCUAGUCAUCCAUGAUACAUGCAAUUCUGAUUCUGGUCUCUAUUCUGUUUCAAUAUCUUCUGUCGUAUUUCGAGUUGCUCAUCUGAUUGUUAAUGACUUGGCAACUUCGAAUCAAGGUUUACGACGAAAACGAAUCUCAAACAGCUCAUUAUACAAAUGA